GGGCCGCGCGGCUCAGGCAGUCGGGGCGCGAGGCUGCAGCGGCGGAGCCGGAGUCGGAGCCGGGAGCGCGAGCUGCAGCCGGAUCGCAGCCUGCGGGGCCCGCCGCAGCCAUGGGCAACCGCGGCAUGGAAGAUCUCAUCCCGCUGGUCAACCGGCUGCAAGACGCCUUCUCUGCCAUCGGCCAGAACGCGGACCUCGACCUGCCGCAGAUCGCCGUGGUGGGCGGCCAGAGCGCCGGCAAGAGCUCGGUGCUCGAGAAUUUCGUAGGCAGGGACUUCCUGCCUCGAGGAUCUGGCAUUGUCACCCGACGUCCCCUGGUCUUGCAGCUGGUCAAUGCAACCACAGAAUAUGCCGAGUUCCUGCACUGCAAGGGAAAGAAAUUCACCGACUUCGAGGAGGUGCGCCUUGAGAUCGAGGCCGAGACCGACCGGGUCACCGGCACCAACAAGGGCAUCUCGCCGGUGCCUAUCAACCUCCGCGUCUACUCGCCGCAUGUGCUGAACCUGACCCUGGUGGACCUGCCCGGAAUGACCAAGGUCCCGGUGGGGGACCAACCUCCCGACAUCGAGUUCCAGAUACGGGACAUGCUUAUGCAGUUUGUCACCAAGGAGAACUGCCUCAUCCUGGCCGUGUCCCCUGCCAACUCUGACCUGGCCAAUUCUGACGCCCUCAAGGUCGCCAAGGAGGUGGACCCCCAGGGCCAGCGCACCAUCGGGGUCAUCACCAAGCUGGACCUGAUGGACGAGGGCACAGAUGCCCGUGACGUGCUGGAGAACAAGCUGCUCCCCCUGCGCAGAGGCUACAUUGGGGUGGUGAACCGGAGCCAGAAGGACAUUGAUGGCAAGAAGGACAUUACUGCCGCCUUGGCUGCUGAACGAAAGUUCUUCCUCUCCCAUCCAUCUUAUCGCCACUUGGCUGACCGUAUGGGCACGCCCUACCUGCAGAAGGUCCUCAAUCAGCAAUUGACGAACCACAUCCGGGACACGCUGCCGGGGCUGCGGAACAAGCUGCAGAGCCAGCUGCUGUCCAUUGAGAAGGAGGUGGAGGAGUACAAGAACUUCCGCCCUGAUGACCCGGCUCGCAAGACCAAGGCCCUGCUGCAGAUGGUCCAGCAGUUCGCCGUAGACUUUGAGAAGCGCAUUGAGGGCUCAGGAGAUCAGAUCGACACCUAUGAACUGUCAGGGGGAGCCCGUAUUAACCGAAUCUUCCACGAGCGCUUCCCCUUUGAGCUGGUCAAGAUGGAGUUUGACGAGAAGGAACUUCGAAGGGAGAUCAGUUAUGCUAUCAAGAAUAUCCAUGGCAUUAGAACGGGGCUGUUUACCCCAGACAUGGCCUUUGAGACCAUUGUGAAAAAGCAGGUGAAGAAGAUCCGAGAACCGUGUCUCAAGUGUGUGGACAUGGUUAUCUCGGAGCUAAUCAGCACCGUUAGACAGUGCACCAAGAAGCUCCAGCAGUACCCGCGGCUGCGGGAGGAGAUGGAGCGCAUCGUGACCACCCACAUCCGGGAGCGCGAGGGCCGCACCAAGGAGCAGGUCAUGCUUCUCAUCGAUAUCGAGCUGGCUUACAUGAACACCAACCAUGAGGACUUCAUAGGCUUUGCCAAUGCUCAGCAGAGGAGUAACCAGAUGAACAAGAAGAAGACUUCAGGGAACCAGGAUGAGAUUCUGGUCAUCCGCAAGGGCUGGCUGACUAUCAAUAAUAUUGGCAUCAUGAAAGGGGGCUCCAAGGAGUACUGGUUUGUGCUGACCGCUGAGAAUCUGUCCUGGUACAAGGAUGAUGAGGAGAAAGAGAAGAAAUACAUGCUGUCUGUGGACAACCUCAAGCUGCGGGACGUGGAAAAGGGCUUCAUGUCGAGCAAGCACAUCUUUGCCCUCUUUAACACGGAGCAGAGGAAUGUCUACAAGGAUUAUCGGCAGCUGGAGCUGGCCUGUGAGACACAGGAGGAGGUGGACAGCUGGAAGGCCUCCUUCCUGAGGGCUGGCGUAUACCCUGAGCGUGUUGGGGACAAAGAGAAAGCCAGUGAGACGGAGGAGAAUGGCUCCGACAGCUUCAUGCAUUCCAUGGACCCACAGCUGGAACGGCAAGUGGAGACCAUCCGGAAUCUUGUGGACUCGUACAUGGCCAUUGUCAACAAGACCGUGCGGGACCUCAUGCCCAAAACUAUCAUGCACCUCAUGAUUAACAAUACCAAGGAGUUCAUCUUCUCGGAGCUGCUGGCCAACCUGUACUCGUGUGGGGACCAGAACACGCUGAUGGAGGAGUCGGCGGAGCAGGCACAGCGGCGCGACGAGAUGCUGCGCAUGUACCACGCGCUGAAGGAGGCGCUCAGCAUCAUCGGCGACAUCAAUACGACCACCGUCAGCACGCCCAUGCCCCCGCCCGUGGACGACUCCUGGCUGCAGGUGCAGAGCGUACCGGCCGGACGCAGGUCGCCCACGUCCAGCCCCACGCCGCAGCGCCGAGCCCCCGCCGUGCCCCCAGCCCGGCCCGGGUCGCGGGGCCCUGCUCCUGGGCCUCCGCCUGCUGGGUCCGCCCUGGGGGGGGCGCCCCCCGUGCCCUCCAGGCCGGGGGCUUCCCCUGACCCUUUCGGCCCUCCCCCUCAGGUGCCCUCGCGCCCCAACCGCGCCCCGCCCGGGGUCCCCAGCAGGAAGGGCCCAGCCUCACCUACGCGACCUGCAGCCCCCCGACCAGCCGAGGCUCCCCUCUUAGACUUAUAAGUCUAUGGCCACUGGCAUCCAGCUGCCUGCCCUCCCUGCCUCCCCCAGGGUCAUUUCAGAGGGUCCUGGGUUUUCUGACUACCGAGAAGGGCCUCUGGCGCUCCCUCCAGCCAUCCCUUUUAGUUUCACCCUCCUGGUUCAAGCAGUGUUCUUUCUCUAUCAGGCCUGGUGGCUGUUGCGUGGGGCUCCCCAAGGCAAGGGGUGGCCCUGGGCCGGUGGGUUGGAAGACAGGGUGACCAGAGAAGAGGGAAGCCCGAGGGGGCCGAGCAUCAGCUUGAACUGUGGGUGCCCUGCCUGGGUGCUGUGUGAAAGGCCAGCGUGUGUGGGGUGGGGAGGGCCGCCACAGCCUCCAGGCGAUACCGGUGAAGCUACAGCUCCUCCCUCCAUCUUCCUCUCCUUUUCCUUCCAGCCCCUCUUUUCCAGGAACCUUGCCACACCCACACCUGCGCCCUCCCCUCCCCGGCCCUCCCACCACUGCUGCGGUGUGGCCGGCCCCUGCCGGUGUGCUGCACUUGCCUUACCAGCUCUCUCCUCGCUUUUCUCUCCCGUUUUCUCUUUGCUUUCUCUCCAACUGCCAGCCGAUCGGGUCAGGCAAGUCCAUCCCGUCCUGAGAGCCCCAGGCCCCCCUUCGACCUCUAAACAGAUCCCUCCUCUUCUCGGAGACCUCCCUUUCCAAGCCUGCCUGGACGGCUGUUCUGUGACUUGACAGUGGCUUCCCUAGCCCCAAAGCCAGCCCCCUUCAUCUGUGACUUAGUCUGUUGUAGUGGUGAGCUGACACCUCCAGGCGUGACCAUUGGUGAAAACUUGUGCCCCUUCUGUGGUAUGCCCUUGCCUUGUUCUAUAAAUAUCUAUAAAUACUCAUAUAUAUACACACCUACACAUGGCCGACCGCCUCGCCUCUAGCGCUGGGAAUCAGUCACUGUGCUGUCCUUGUGGAGUCUUGUGGCCCAACUACAAGAGAACGCUGUCCCCUGACAUCCCCCUCUGAAGUGUGCCACCUCCAGUGAGCCUCCCUGUCAUGCCCAGCCUGUGGACAGCCAGCCCCCGCCAUACCUCCCGCCCCCUACCAAGCAUGGGGGUGCUGUGCAGGCAGCCGUGUGGCCUGACAGUCUCUACCAGUCCUGCUGUCCCUCGGCUGAGAAUAAAACCUAUUUCUGGAUGACGGGGAAUGUC